AUGAUUUGUGAUCUGUGCAAGACCAGAAAGCUGCGAAGAGAAUUUCCGUCAGAUACUGUUACAGAGAAAUGUGACCAUGCACCUUUGCAUUGUCUUAGGUGUGUCACAAAGUAUGUUGAAAAACACCAGAGGUGUUCUCAGUGUCCUCAAGUUGUGAAAACCAGUAAUCCACAGUACCGUGAGUAUGUGGAAACCCUGGAGAACUUGUUCCCAAAAUACACUGCUCCUGAUGCCACUACUGAAACUGAGCUGUCAACUUCACUGAAAGGUAGCGAGACAAUCUCUGUUGUUAUGUUGGGCGGAGACAGUACAGUAGUGCCUUAUAGACCAGGCAUGACAAUCCAAGACCUGAAGAACUUUGUGGAGACCCAGCUUGGACCAGCUCCACUAAAACAGCGGCUGUUGUACAAAGAAAAAGAGCUUAAGACUGACUCAGGUACAAAACUGGCUACCUUACAAGAUUACGCUAUACAGCCAUUCAGCACCUUACACCUCAUUGUUGUGUUGUACGAGAUCAACAAGUCCCUUGACCAUGCAAUUUUUGACUUGUUUUGGGGCUAUCCAUCUAGUGGACCUGAUUUUCUGGAUGCAUCAGUCCUAGUCUACAGUGGAAAGUAUUUCCAAGGAAUAGUGGACUUUUGUCACCAAGCCUAUAAUGGUAUUUCCCAUUCUGGUGAUGUAAUGGAUGAUGCAAAGUGCCUUGGUCACCAUACCAUACAUGUACAGCUGAAGUCUUUACCUAGCAACAUCAACAAGUUAUUUUUCACCUUGAGUGCUUGGAAUUCCCCAAACAUUUCAAAAUAUAAAAAUCCCAGUCUGCGUUUUUUUGAUGCCAAGGAGCCUAACAAGCAGCUCUGCAGUGAUGAGAUGGGACAUGCCGCAUACUCUCAGGCCAUCAUCAUGUGCAGUUUGUCCAAAAUUGAUGGAGUAUGGAAAGUUUUCAGUUUGCGCACACUGUCUGCUGGAAAUGCAAAUAAUUAUUCUCCAUUGCAGCAGACAAUUGGUGGCAUAAUAACUCAAGGACUGUGUUAAA